AUGAUCCCUUUAGUUACCAAAGAUAAGGUACAAAGUGCUGAAUUAGUAAUCCAGAUGCACAAUCCUGCCUUUUAUGACCCUUUUGAUUGCUUAAGUUGUAUUAUCUUUGCUAUUCUGCCUUUUAUGAGCCUUUUGAUUACUAAGGUUGAUUUGGAAAAUUUUAUGCCUGAUCCUAGCAAAAUAAAUGAAGCUAUAAGGCUCUUCUUCUCAGGGUUAGUAAACCUUGAUUAUGAGCCUAGUUAUAAUGAUCAUAUAUAUUUUCAAUAUUUGUCUAAUAGUAAAGAUGAUAUCGCUCUUCUAGAUAUCUAUCAUUCUGAGAAAAUUUUUGAUAAAUAUAUUAUUCAGGUAGCAGAAAAGAGUUUCACUAUAGUUGAUCAUCUGUUUGAAAUUUAUAGAAUUUCUAAUACUCAUGAGUCCAGUUCGUCUAAUGCUAACAAAUGUAGUUGGCAUAUUAUAUAUAAUUAUGCAUAUUUUAUUGACUAUAGAGAUCUUAGAGGUUUUGUAGAAAAAGUUGUGGAUAAAGUUGGGAAGCUAUACUCAGAAUUUAUUGAUAUAGGAUUUUAUAAGUCUCAUUUCAGUCUUCAGCUCCUUGGAUCAGCUAAAGAAGAUAGAGUUAAAAGACCUGCAAUUUCUUCAGUUAAACAAGGAUAUUGCAAGCUAGAAGAUUAUUUAGUUCAACCUAAGUUAGAUGCUUCUGAAAUCUGGCCCUGA